CUCUUGUCGAGUACAAUGAAGGCUGCUCUGUUGCUUGUUGCUGCACUGGUAGCAGUGGUGGAGGUCUACGGACAACCAGAAGGGACGACCACCGUCAGCAUCGGGAAUGAGGAACUAAGCACCGGCAAUAUCACGGCUGAGAAUAUAUUUCUGGGAAGGUCGUCCUACACGGAAGAUGACGAUGAUACCAUUUGUGUCGCAGCAGACAACAAGUUCUACUUGUAUGCUAAUUCCCUGAAGCUGUAUUCUUGCUACAACCAGCUACCGAAAGUUUACGUGGUGAAACCAAAGAGUCAGUGUAAACCAUACCUGUCAGAUUGUCCCAGGAACUAGGAGUAUUGCCAGUCCGUUGCCUCAGCUUGAAUCGUCUGCGAAGGAGUGGAGACUAAAUGGCUGACCUGCUGACUGAAGACAUCUGCUGUUUCCAGAGGAGCAAAGAAACUGCCAGAGUGUCAGACCUUGACACAUUUAUUUAAACAUAAACAAUGGAAUCUACACAUCCUAUUCUGUGUCAGUUUCUGAUUAUUUCACGACAUGCAGUAAAUUUCAUUUCUGUAAAGAUCAGUAUUAAAAACAUUGCAUUUGUAUUCUUUUUAUCUUUCUGUUGUUUCUGUAAUAGUUGUAUGCUGACGCAAUAAAAGUGUAGUUUCAUGACGUCAACUGUUAUAUUAAACGAUAGAAGAUAUUUCUCUACCUACAGGUUCACGUAAUUACUGACAAACUACGGCUUGUUAUUAAUAACAUCAAAUGCAUUUCAUCCGUUAUCCACGCUGACCUCCUAAAUUCCCAGUAUCCAAAUCCAACCUUAACACACUGACUGCCACGAGGACACCGGCGGCCACAGCAAAGACAUACGAUUGACGCCUCGGCUGGACCCUACGUGGCAUGGGAAAAACGUGAAACAUUUCUAAUCCAGAGGAAAUGGUGUCAUAUCUCACGGUUCUAUAUAAAUUUAUUGCAAGCUAUUUGAAAUAUCACGACAAGAUGCAUUUUCGCAUUAUCGAAAUAGUAAAAGUGACCGUGUGCCGUCUCAAUUACUAGAUCUUGUCGACUGAAGCGUAAGUAAAGGAGCGUGCCGAAAAGUAAUGCCUCCGAAUUUUUAUAUGUGAAAACUUAUAAAGCUUUUUAAAUAAAAUAAACUUUAUUAACA